AUGAAUUCUGUCGAUAUUCGUCGUGUCUCUACAACUAUAGUCCGUCCAGCAAGUUACAUCGAUGAACCAACCGGCAACCACUGGCGGAUUGAUUUGAAUCCAUGGGAUCUAUUAUUUCUAAGAACUACAUAUAUGCAAAAGGGUUUGCUCUUCGGUAAGCAACAAGAACAAGGAACAAAUGAUGAGUGUAUCAUUAUCAACGACAAGAUAAGUCAUCUUAAAACUUCUUUGUCACAUACGCUUGAUCAUUUCUUUCCUUUAGCUGGUCGUCUUGUUAUUGAAAAGCAUCAAGAUGAUAACACCAUCUCCGUCUAUAUUGACUGCAACUUUGAGGGUGUAGAGUUCAUCCAUGCCACAGCUGACAUAUCCGUAGAGGACAUCGUCUCUCCAACCUAUGUUCCUCAAAGCUUAAUUAAUCCAUUAUUUACCUUCGAUAGGGUACCAAGCUAUGAAGGUCAGUCGCAUACUUUACUUUCUGUACAGGUAACUGAGCUGCGGGACGGCGCCGUUUUUAUAGGAUGCAGUGCAAACCAUUCCGUAUGUGAUGGUACAUCAUUUUGGCAUUUCAUUAAUUCAUGGUCUGAGAUUGCUAGAUCUACCGACUAUGAUACUUCAUUUACUCCUCCAGUUUUUAAGCGCCGAACACUGGUGGUUGUUCUUUUGAUGAAUAGCAGAACUAAAGUGAUUCCACCAUUGCCCGAAACAUUCUUUGGCAACUCAAUAUCCUGGGGAUUUGAAACUCUGAAAGAGGGUGAGCUUCUGGAAAAGGGAUUCGGUUUCAUGGCUUCUUUAUUGAAGGAGGUGGUUACCUCCCACAAUGUUGAAAAGACUAGAAGUUUGCUAGAAUCAUGGAUAGAGAAACCACUUAUACCAGGACCUGGUGAUGCAAAUACAGGAAUUUUCAGCAAUAUAUUUAUGGCUAGGAGUUCCCAAUGGUUCAACAUGUAUGGUAACGAUUUCGGUUGGGGGCGACCAAUUUCUGUAAAAACCGGCAUGAACGGAAAAUCUUAUGGAAUAACUACUGUGAGUCCAGGACCAGUUGAGGGAAGUGUUGACAUUGAAAUUUGCCUUCCAAUGGAGGUUUUCAAGGCUAUGGAGAAUGAUGCUGAAUUUAUUGAAGCCUUCUCGGCUAGUCUUGGUGCAUCCGAAGUCUAG